AGCGCUGUUUUAUUUGUAAUUCUCAUUUCCGUAAAUAGAAAUGGCUGCAUCCUGAACUUGCAGAAGAGAGGGCGUUCCAAUUUCAUUCAAUCUGACAACGUAUUCUAGAAAAAUCCUCAUUGCACUCUUCGUUUGAUUUUCAGUGUUUUCUCAAUAGCUAAACACAAAGAGUAUUUUGUUGCGUGUAACCCAAACAUCUGUUCUUGGACUGACUAUGUUGGUCGUUGCGUAUUUGUUAAAAUUCAAUUGAGGGGAAGAAAAAAGGGACAUACGCAGCAGUAUCUUCAGCUAGUUGUUUGAAGCUUGUCAUACAGAGAAACAUGCCACUGGGUUCGGAUAAACCAGGCUCCAGUGAGGAGGACAAGUCGAGUGAUUCCAGCGAGAGCAGAGACAGAGCUGACACUUCCGAGCAAGCGUUAGGAAUUAGACAGCGCACCCCUAGCCCUCACCGAGGGAACACUCCACAGUCUAGUCCUAGAUUUGUGUCAGUGGAAGAGCUGAUGGAGACAGCUAAAGGAGUCUCUAACAUGGCACUGGCCCAUGAGAUUGUGGUGAGUGGGGGAUUCCAGCUGAAACCUUCUGACCCAGCUGAAGGCAGUUUAGAAAAAAGAGUACAAUCUAUUGUGCACAAGGCAUUCUGGGAUUGCUUAGAAGCCCAGCUGGGGGAAGAUCCUCCGACAUAUGACCAUGCGAUUAAACUGCUGGGAGAAAUUAAAGAGACUCUUCUGUCAUUCCUACUGCCUGGCCACAGCAGACUGAGGAAACAGAUUAACGAGGUUGUGGAUCUGGAUCUGAUAAAGCAGGAGGCAGAGAACGGAGCGCUGGAUAUUAACAAAGUAGUGGAGUUUAUUAUCAGCAUGAUGGGGACGCUGUGCGCGCCGGCACGGGACGAGGAAAUCAGGAAACUCCGGGACAUCACAGCAAUCGUUCCACUGUUCAAAGCCAUUUUUUCAGUCCUGGAUUUAAUGAGGAUUGAUAUGGCUAACUUUGCUGUAAGCAGCAUUAGACCACAUCUGAUGCAGCAGUCUGUUGAAUAUGAGAGGACAAAAUUCCAGGAAUUCAUUGAAAAACAACAUAAUGCCUUGGAUUUUACCCAAAGAUGGCUAGAAGAAUCAGCAAACAGUCUUGUAAACUCCGGAGCAGAGGCCACACUUGCCCCCGCUGGUGCAGCGGCCUCUGUUGGUCCUGCGUUCUGUCCUCUCACUGUGCACAACCAUGCCUACAUGAGUCUGCUCAGGUGGAACCACAGGCACACGCCUUUCCCUGAAACUCUAUUAAUGGAUCAAAGCCGCUUUGAAGAAAUGCAGAUGGCACUGGAACAGCUGACCAUAGUAGCAGCAGUGCUGCUGAUCACCUACAACGUCACUGGGGCUGCAUUAUCUGGCCUUCCAGGGUUUGCAGACAAACUGAAGAGGGUUGUGAAAGUUCUGCUGGCAGGCAUGCACAUUCCCUCCUUCAAUAUGAGUGAAACCUUGGCUACUAUUGGUGAAAAACUCUGUGUGGAGGUUAACAGCUGCUUGUCCCAGCAUGGAUUCACUCAACUUUCUGCUGACAAAGCUGCUGUUCUGAAAGGGCAGACCCAAGCAGUGAUAAAACCAGAUAACUCAAUACGCAAACUCAUAGAUUCUCGCAUACUGGCCUUCCUAAUGUCUUACCUUGACUCAAGCCAUCAGAAAUCAAUUCCAGUUGUCCCAGGUGGUCUUGCGCCAAUUCAAAAAGAACUGGAGGAAAUCGCUAUCAAAUUCAGCCGCCUUGUGAACUACAAUAAGAUGGUCUUUGCACCUCACUAUGAGAAAAUUCUUAAAGAUAUCCUCAGUAAGGACGAGUCUCAUUCAAUGGGAAAAUCUGCAGGGCAAGGAUAAAUAUUAGAACUGGGUCACUCGGUCUGCCAAUCUAACAAUUGGGUAAUUUUCCGUUUCACAGUAGGACUAAAAGCAAAUUAGACAAAUGUUUCAACGAGAAGUCUUUGUCAAAUUCCUUCUUGUUACAACAAAACCUUCCCAUUGAAACAACGUUCGCCUCAUUUUUGUUUUAGUACUCUUGUGCAUUUUAGGAUUGAGUACAUUUUCAAUUUGAAAACCCUGGGGAUGAAACAUUUUACCAACAAUAGUUAGAUUGUACUUGAAGUUAUUGUCUGGGACCAGAGAUCAUUUCAACUAGUUAUCCUAAACAACCAUAAACUUAAACUGAACUGGAAAAAGCGCUUAGCAUCUCCCUGGGACGUGCAUUAUACUGUUGAAUAGGGUGUAAUUGGGGCUUCUGUUUUUCGGUUUUUAUCCAUUUCAUUUUUUGGUGCUAAUUUUUUGCUAUUUUCGAGUUUUAUGUAAAUCGUUUUUUUGGGGGCUUUUGCUUUUUAUAUACUGUAUUUAUUGUUUUCGGUUACUUUCCAAAAUGCUUGGGCAUUUUCUUUCUGUUACAAUAUGUAUAGAAACUCGACAGUACUUGCACACUUAAGUUGUACAUUCUGUCCUUUGCUGUUUUCCACAAUGAAAUCCUUUUGGUCACAGGCACAUUCUUGUGGGGUUUUUGUGUGUCUAGGCAUUUGUUUACAUUUUGCAGAUCUGUUUUAUUCUAUCUAACAGUAGUAUAGCUUUAAAUCCUGUGAACAAACCUAAUUGUAAUCUCUUUAAAUCUCGCAAGCGGAGUCUCCAAUAUAAAUGUAGGAAUUUGCUGCCACUCAGUAGUUGGGGUGGAUUUAAAGUAUUCAGAACAAAUCAAUGAUGGAUACAAACAGAAAGGAGGGACAUUGCCCAACUGCACUCAAACGUAUAUAGAUUUUUUUUUUUUAAAUAGGAAAGGCGUGAAGUCAACAGGAAUUGAGUAACCAUUUCCAGUGUUUUUCCAAUGUUUAUUGGCUAUACUGAUUUCAUUUUUGGGGGGGGGGGGGGGGUGUUAAAACCGAAAAUCAGAAGCCUUAGGCAUGUUUUUUACAUCCAUUGCCUAAAAAUAACACGCAGUCAGGUAGGCAAGAUUAAUAUUUACCUAGUCCAUGAAAAGCAACACCAACCUGUCACUCUGUUAAUGACUUUGCUGUACCAAUAGACUGUAAAAUCAGUUGAACAGGGUUAGUAACUUAGUUUAGUACAAACCAGAAUGUCUUUGAUUGAAUCAGGUUCAGUAACAAUUCUGUGGGUAUCCACAGCAUUUUGCAUGGCACCAAUGGGGUUAUGAUUUAAUCAAACGAUUAUGUUGUGUGAAUAAGCCACCUGUUUUUUACUUUAGAAGAUACUCCAGCUUAGUUAUCGUAUGGGGUUCUCUGCUGUGCCUCUACACAUUAGUGCAGUGAUGUUUGUUUUGAAAAGAACAGACUAAAUGUGAUGCCCUCCAAGGGCAAUCCAUCCAUACAAGAAAGCUAGAACAAUCUUUUAAUUUGAUUAUCACAUACGGCUUCAGCUUCUUUCGUUUACACCUACAGACUUGCAUAUUUAUCUAAAAUGAAAUGUCAGUAUAUAUAUAUAAAAAAUUAUUUAAAAAAAAAGAUCAGAAUGCAUCACCCUUCCCCAUCAGAAACAGUACCUCAAUGGUAAAUAUGAAAACAGCAUUUUGUUUUUCUGGCUGAUUUUCAUUUGUGUAAAAAAAUGUUGCAAGUUCCAGAAUCAUCAGUGAUAAUUCACCGUUGGUGCAUUAUUCAAGUUUGGAUUCAUAUGAAUCACAUUCUUUGCUAUUUAAAAUAAAAUUAGUUUAUUUGAAGUUGCGCUAUUUAUUCUAAUUUUCUUUGGUCUCAAAUGAGUUAAUUGCAAUUGUGUUUUAUUCAGAAAAUGUAUUGAAUAUGUCUUAAGAAUUAUUAAAUAUGUUUUAAAAUUAUAGUAAUUUUCAAAAGGUGUAGCAUCGCUUUUCAAAUUUAUCUUAACAUGGGCACUGUGUGUCAUUUUAUUUCUUCAUUUGCACAUACCAAGGUUGACCCAAGGUGCAUAGAAAGUUUGAUAGAUUGCUCAUCUACAAUGUAGGUGGAGUGUGUGAACUGAGCAUUUUUACUUCUUGCAUAAGUAACUCCUAAUGUGGCUUUGUUUAAUUGUGGAAAAAAAAACAGCAGCUUUACACAAAUAAAAUACUACCAAACAUA